UUGAGAAGAGAGAAUUUCUUGUGAUGUCGGGCCCACCCAGAGUUCGAUCCAUGAAUGUUGCUGAUUCCGACUCCCGGCCGGUGCUUGUUCCCGCCGGCAACAAAGCUCGGACUACCGACGGACGGAAACCUGCUUCAAAACCUGUCAAGAAACCGGAGCAGGCGGUUCUAGAACCUGAGGCCAAGGAGAAGAAGCCAGCUGUGAAUUCAAAUCCGCUAUGCGUUUCAGUACCGACGAUUUUGAAGCGGCAGGAUCAUCAUCAGGCCGUACUCAGUUUGUCAAUGAACGCUUCUUGCUCAUCUGAUGCUUCGUCAACGGAUUCUUCAACUCACAGUCGAGCGUCGUCAAGCGGGAAGGUGGUGCGGCGUACAAGUGAGCCAUUGAAGAAGAAGAACUCUGGUCCGAAGUCGGAGAGGCGUGAAAAGGUUGGAACAGAUAAUGUGGCUGUUCCUGAUAACUUACCGGCAGAUUCAACUGAUAGUUCGGAGGGCAAGAAAAGGUGUGCUUGGGUUACACCUAAUACAGAACCAAAUUAUGUUGCUUUCCAUGAUGAAGAGUGGGGAGUUGCUGUCCAUGAUGACAAGAAAUUGUUUGAGUUGCUCAGCUUCUCUGGAGCCUUGGCUGAACUCACAUGGCCCGCCAUCCUUAGCAAAAGGCGAUUAUUUCGUGAAGUCUUUUUGGAAUUCGAUCCAAGUGCUGUUUCCCGAAUGAACGAGAAAAAGAUAACCGCACCGGGAAGCCCUGCCACAUCUUUGCUUUCAGAACUCAGGGUACGAGCCAUAGUUGAAAACGCACGUUUGAUAUGUAAGGUGAUUGACGAGUUUGGCUCCUUUGACAAGUUCAUCUGGAACUUUGUGAACCAUAAGCCAAUAGUUAGUCAAUUCCGAUACGCACGGCAGGUACCCGUCAAAUCUCCAAAGGCAGAAUUCAUAAGCAAAGACCUUGUGAAGAGAGGGUUCAGGAGUGUGGGACCAACGGUCAUCUACACGUUCAUGCAAGUGGCUGGGCUAACAAAUGACCACCUUAUCAGUUGCUUCAGAUUCAAAGAAUGUACAGCCACCGAAGCAACAGCACAUAAAGACGGCUCCCUCAUCGCAUCUAAGGUCAAUGACAAAACAAACGAGGAUCCCACGGAGGCUUUGCUUGUGGCAACGGAGUGUACAAAUCCAUACAGAAAUAGCUAGAAAGAACCUGUAUCUGAAAAGCGCAAUGACUCCGGCAAUUCAAGUUCUUGUGUAUUAAUUAAAAAAUUACUGAAGUGGAUUAUUUAUUCUCCUCUGUCUA